GGUGAAAGUGAGUUAUGCACUUAUGAUUUACACUUGAAGUGGAUUCGACAAUGUGCAUCACAUAAUGGUCCGGAUCUUCAUUGAAAUAUUAAUGCCCUGAGGCAAUAUGAAAGUUAAAAGGAGUCUAGACGUACGGCUGAUAGCCUUGUGCACAACUUGCCUAUUGCUUCCAGCAAUAGCGUGUCCAUCGCAAUGUGUAUGUAAGUGGAAAAAUGGGAAAAGAUACGUGGAAUGCGUAGAAAAAGAAUUAAAGGCGAUCCCAAACGCGCUAGACUCCGAAACUCAAGUGCUAGACUUCUCGGGCAACGAUCUCCAAGUCUUACAAAAAGAAACGUUUCAUAAACUCGGAUUACUCGAUUUGCAAAAGAUUUAUCUUCAAAGAUGUAAAUUACAGAAAAUAGAUAACCAUGCUUUCAAAAGUCUCGCUAAUCUAGUUGAGUUGGAUUUAUCUAAUAAUUAUCUAACUGUCAUACCAUCGACAAACUUCAUUUAUUUCCCGUCUCUAAUGAGAUUAUCUUUGAAUAACAAUCCUGUAACAAGUAUAAAAACCCACUGCUUCCAACAGCUGAACUAUUUGAAUACAUUAGAAUUGAGUGAUUGCAAGAUCGAAGUUAUAGAAAGAGAAGCCUUCUCAGGGCUACAACAUUUAGAGUGGCUACGAUUGGAUGGCAACAGAUUAUCAAACAUUCAAGGAGAGAAUUUAUUUCCAGAUACAUUGCGAGGAAUCGACUUGCAAAAUAAUAAUUGGAACUGCGACUGCCAUUUGAGAGAUUUACAUAGUUGGUUGUUGAAUUUCAAUAUGCCCCAUGCCGUCGAACCAAUUUGCUCUCUUCCUGACCGGUUGAGGAAACGUACAAUAGCAAGUAUUCCCGAGCUUGAAUUGGCUUGCUUACCAAAAAUGACCCCUACGUCUGUGUUCCUAGAUACGAAUAUGGGUAGUAAUAUUACUCUCGAAUGUUUAGUUAAAGCUAUACCUGAAGCAAAAAUAACAUGGUUGUAUCAAGGGCAAAUCAUCCACAACUAUACAAGCAUGUCGACCGACUCCCAUGAUGUGUACUUUGUUGAGAAUGGUGUUACGGACAAAAAGAGUGAGCUAUACAUAUUCAAUAUUGAUACUGACGACAAUGGAACUUAUUCGUGCGUUGCAGAAAAUCCAGCGGGAAAAUCACGUGCCAAUUAUACGCUUAGAGUUAUAGUAAAGGAGGAACCUGUAGUUAUUGUGGUAACGUUUCCUCAAAGACAUUUAGUGGUUAUAGUUACAAUAGUAUUUCUUAUUAUUGUAUUAUUAAUAGCUAUAAUAGCUGUAGUUUUAUUAAAAUUCAAAACCGACACUAAGAGUCGUAAAAAGAAAGAGAGCGGUAAAGAUGUAGCUCUGUGUAAUCAAAUUUUACCUUCCAAUCGAAGUAAUGGCACAAUGCCUAAAAACAAUGGCAGCCUCAUUGUAAACGCACAUUCUCAUCACGCGUUGCACUACACAGUGCAAACAAAUCGUGAUUACGAGUCUAGCGAUGUGUAUCAAAGCAAUAAUAUGAAAGGCUUUGUCGACAGGAAUCCUGACCUAAUUAGCGACGCGGAAACAGUCGCUAACAAUACUCAAAAUGAGAACACAGUGUUAUCUGUGUACAAAACGCAAACCGCGAACAGCGAGGGCUUUGAAGAGGAAACCGCUUUCACUGCUCCGACAAUACCCCGACAGGUCACGUGGCAGGACCAGCAGAAUUUAAAUAACGUUAAUUUACCACAAAAUACUUUAAAUAAUAUGUACCAACAUUCUGCUGAUGUACAUUUAAAUCCUGGCUGCUUUUUAGAUAGCGAUGGUUAUCCUUAUGAUUAUGGUCUUCCUAAGCAUCCAUGUCGACCCCCAAUGAUGACGAAUUACUCAGUCGUUGGACCAUUCUAUCAAACGUUACCACACAAUAGAUCGAAAGGACAAAAACUCGUAUGUAAAUUCGCUAAAGACAUGGAAUUCAACGCGACGCCACCUACGUGUGCAAAUUUCGAGUUAUUUAAUGCGACAAAUGUGAGACGCACUCUAGACGGAUAUCCGGUGCCACGAAACCGACAAAUAGCUUUUGUGGGCAAUGGAACAGUGUACUAUAACGAGGAGUUUGUUCCGUCCCCGCCGGAAGGUUACAAAACGGAGCCUGCAGUACAGUGUUGUGCGCCAGCGGAAGCCUGCUCAUCAUGGGUGAAUCCUAAAGGGACAUGCGCAGUGAUGGUGCCUGUUGGUGUAGCCGAGGCUCCUGGCAGGUGUUAUCAAGUGGAAACAAGGUGUGUCGAUACACAAACCACAGACGCUCGUAUGCCCGGUGAGGGCACCGAAAAUGUUUUAAAGCCUUUGCCACAAGUGUCGAACGCUAAAUGCGCCGCAGAUAUUUGUUCGGAGAGCCCCGACGAGGGUUACGUGGGUGAUGCUAACGACAUCUGA